AUGCGACUCUUAAACACCAUAACGCUUAAGGUGAUUGAGUUCGUCACCGAGAGACCCAGUUACGCUAUUCUGUCCCAUGCCUGGGGCUCUCAAGAGAUUGUUCAUCAGGACACGGAAGCAGAGGGCGGGGCUCCUUCUAGUAUCAAGGCUGGAUGGAAGAAGAUUAGGGGUUCCUGUGCACUCGCGCUGAAAGAUGGCUUUGACUGGAUCUGGAUCGACACCUGCUGCAUCGACAAGACUUCCAGUUCUGAGCUUUCCGAGGCAAUCAACUCUAUGUUCCGUUGGUAUAGGGAGACAGAAAUCUGCUACGCUUACCUGGAAGAUGUGCCUCCCUUGAAGUACGCCCCGGUCAUUGGCUUUCAGGAUCUUACUGAAACCUUCCUUGGAAGCAGAUGGUUCACUCGAGGUUGGACUCUCCAAGAGCUUGUUGCACCGCGAAAAGUCGACUUCCACGCUUCAGACUGGUCCUUCCUUGGGUCAAAGGCCGAUCUUGUGGGCAUCAUUCACAAACACACCAUGAUAGACAAAGAGGCCCUAAAAGGCGUUGGUAAUUUGUCAAACUUUAGCGUGUGGAGCAGAAUGCAAUGGGCUGCCAGCAGAGAGACAACUCGCGUCGAAGACACGGCUUAUUGCCUAUUAGGUAUCUUUGACAUCAACAUGCCGCUUCUGUACGGCGAGGGCGAUCGAGCGUUUCGUCGCCUCCAAGAAGAGAUUCUCAGAACCAUUGAAGAUUACAACCUCAUGGCCUGG